AUGCAAUUCGCAACGAGUCGUGUUAACUUUACUAAUUCUUCAAUAGCACACUUUAACUAUGUUAAAUUCUUCGGUCAACAUAGUUGCCCUGAGAAAGGCGUGCAAGACAUAGUGACGAUAUUAGGAUUGCACAGCGACGAAAUCACUUCAAUAAAUACUGGACUGGUGUCAGCAUCACGGAGACAUCGUUCCGCGUCAAGAAGAUUGAAGAGACGCGCUUUAGUGAUCGUGCCUCAAAGGAAAUUAAAUUUUACGUUACACAAACCAGUACGGUGGUCGAAAUCUGUCAUAGUUAUUGUGAAUGAUGAACGUCGCAAGAUUAAAGUUGAAUGUGAUCUAAGAACCGGCAUAGUUACAAUGAAGUACAAUGUGAAAAGUGUUUAUAUAUUUACUUUGAUGGAUUACCUCAUAGCCAUAAAAAAAAAUUCUUAUCAAUGGCAGAUGCUUCUCAACUGGUUUAUAUCAUCGAUCUCUGAAAACAAUCACUUGAAGAAUAUACUAAGUGUGUCUGAUCUCAAAAACUUCGGAAUACAGUAUUGCACACAUCUGCUGGCAGCUGGUGUUUUACGACAAAUAGUUGAUAGAGAUGCACCUUCAGAAAACAUAUUCAAGCCUAAUCUAAUGUAUUACUGGGCCCACAUGGAGGUACCUGCAUCACAGCCAGUAACACCCGGUCGGCUUCAUAUGACAGCAUGGCCCCCUGAUAAGGAUUACAUUAAUCAAAUAUCCCAGGAACAUAUAACAAACCAUUGUAUGUUAGAAAAUAACAAAUUUAAUCAAAAUAAUAAUGAAGAAAUAACUGAUAUUAAUGAAGCCAGACUUGCCAUAUCUCAAUUAAAAAGAAAGCUUCAAGAUUUAGAAUAUCAAUUAGAAAAAUACAAACUGAGCACUCAGAUAGAUGCUCUAAAUAAAAAUUUAGAAAUAAGUUUUGAUAUACCUGAACAACACUUGGUAUCUAAGAAUAAAACUGAAUUGGUAAACAAAGAAGUUCAAACAUCAAAUUUUAGCAAUGAAGUUUAUAAAUUAUCCUAUAGACCUGUGAUAAAUAAACCUGACCCUCAUUUAAAAACGAAUGUAAAUAUUGAAAAUACCUUAGCUCUAAGUAGUAUAAAUGAUUUAGAAAGUAAAUUUGAAAAUAGAUCUGAAAAAGUUGAGAAUUAUUGUAAGUUAAACAAAAGUAGAGAUUAUAAUUCAGUCGUAAAUAAAGAAGAUAUUCUUCAAGGUAAUGAAUGUAUUUCAAGAGACUCGAGCAUAUCUAAUGAUCGAAAAGACAAGAUUUCAAAUGAUUCAGAGCUCACAAGCAUUUGUGUACCAUGUGACAGUUCUUCUGAAGGAUCAUUUCUAAGUACACUUACAUCAACAGAACUAAUGACUAGCCUUAAAGAUGAGACAAAUAACAGCAAUGCAAUGUUAAAAUUAACAGAGAACUCAACAGUUCCCAUAACACAAGUAUUAUAUUCAAGUGGGAAUAAAAUUCUGUCGGAACUUAGUCAACCUACUAUUGGCUUAUCAGACGUAGAGUCGCCAUAUGAAAGUACAAAUUUGUUGGAUGAAACCCAAAAAUCUAGUCUAAUAGACCCACCAGCAGAAGUUCCUACAAAAGAAUCUACUCUCUUACCUCCUAUUACAUCACCAAGUCAACCAUCGCCUUCUCCGCCACCUCCCUCACCAGGAAUGGAACCACCACCGCCUCCUAUGCCAGGAACGGAUAGUAUACCAUUACUUAUCACUAAAACAGAGCAACUCUCUGUUUCGACGAAAGCAGUAGCAUCUACAAUUUCAGUAACUCCUCCACCGCCACCAUUACCCGACAUAGUUUCCUCGUUAACACCUGUACUGUGUCCAUCAUUGAAUAUAGAAGCAGAAAUUGCCCAACCUUCAAAAUCAUCUGUAUCGGAAACUGACCCACUACCACCUCUCGUACCGGAAACAGCCCCACCUGCACCUCCGAUGCCAGAAAUGGGUCCUCCCCCGCCUCCUAUGCCUGGUAUGGAUCCUCCCCCACUUCCUAUGCCUAGCAUGGGCCCUCCCCCACCUCCUAUGCCUGGCAUGGGUCCUCCCCCACCUCCUAUGCCAGGCAUGGGUCCUCCCCCACCUCCUAUGCCAGGCAUGGGUCCUCCCUCACCUCCUAUGCCAGGCAUGGGUCCUCCCCCGCCUCCUAUGCCUGGCAUGGGUCCUGCCCCACCUCCGAUGCCUGGCAUGGGUCCUCCCCCACCUCCGAUGCCUGGCAUGGGUCCUCCCCCACCUCCAAUGCCAGGAAUGGGCCCUCCACCACCACCUAUACCAGGAUCUGUCCCAUUUCCUCCUUCUCUUAACGUACCAAAUUCUGUUCCUCCUCCGCCGCCUAUCUCAGGACCUGUCCCAUUUCCUGCACCCCCAGUUGGGGGUUGGGGUAUGCAACGAGCAACCUUAAGAAAAACUCCAGUAAAACCAGCUGCACCUAUGAAACCACUAUAUUGGACGAGGAUAUUAGCAAAUUCUGCAGUGCAAACUAUUCAGAGAGAAUCUGAUAGUAACGUUUUAAAACCACUUUGGCUAGAAAUCGAUGAAGCUAAGUUAGAUAAUAUAGAAGAAUUUACUGACCUUUUCUCGCGGCAAGUGGUCAAGGCUCCAGUAAAGAAAAAAGUAGAAGUGAAAACAAAAAUAAAACCAGUGAAAAUAUUAGAUAGCAAAAGGUCUCAAAAUGUCGGUAUAUUGGCUCAGAGCUUACAUGUAGAGUUUUCCGAAAUAGAGAAUGCUAUUUAUAAUUUUGAUACAUCUGUCGUCAGUUUAGAAGCUUUACAACAAAUCUAUGAAUUGCGCGCCACCGAAGAAGAACAUGCGAUGAUUAAAGAACAUUUAAAAACAAAGCCCAAUGUACCCUUGGACAAACCAGAGGCGUUCUUACACGAUUUAUCUGGAAUACCAAAUUUUGCCGAACGCAUUACUUGUUUCAUGUUUCAAGCUGAGUUUGAGGACGCCAUUAGCACAACUAUGCACAAACUGGAUAAUUUAAAACACACUUGUGAGUUUCUGAUGACAAAUGAUAGUCUAAAAAAACUUUUUGCAAUAAUCUUAACUCUCGGUAAUUAUAUGAACGGCGGUAAUGGCCAAAGAGGACAAGCAGAUGGAUUCGGCCUGGAAAUCCUAUCCAAAUUAAAGGAUGUGAAGUCGAAGCAGUCCAACGUGACGUUGCUACACUUCAUCGUGCGCACGUACAUGCGGUCGUGUGGCGGCGCACUAUCGGACGAGUGCGCGUUGCCAGUGCCCGAGCCUGGCGACGUGGCGCGAGCUGCUGCCAUAGACUUCGCCGACGUCGCAAAUAACCUCACCGCCCUCACCAACCAGUUAAAAGCAUGUAAGGAUAAAACGCAAAAAGUGAUGGACACAGACGCUCAAACUCUGAGUCUGGUCGAUGAAUCUGCGACCGGGGAAACUAAAAAGAGACUGGACGUGUUCAAAGAUAAAAUGUCAACAUUCCUAAAUGCAGCUGAAGAAAAAUUAAAGACUGAAAAUGAGAACUUAGAAGAUUGUCGUAAUAAAUUUAUAGCAACUAUUAAGUUUUAUCAAUACACUCCUAAAUGUGGCAAAUUGGAAGACUGUGAGCCUAAAGAGUUUUUUUCUCUCUGGACAACGUUUUGUAGUGACUUUAAAGAUAUUUAUAAAAAAGAGGAACAAACAGCCAUUAAAGAAAAGUUAAAAGAAGCUAAAAAAAUUCAAGAUGAACGAAAAUCUCUCACACAGCCUAAGAAAGAAGGAGGCCUAAAAGCUCGGUUACAGAAGUUAUCCAAUUCCAGAAAAUAA